AGCUUUAUUUCUAAGUAGCAAUAUUAUUUCAUUAGAGAAUAUUAAGCUUAAGGUUAUUAAAGAGUAUCACAGGUCCUAAGGAGAACAGAACCAAGUCUCAGCCAAAGCUUUGUCUGCAGAGGACCAGUUCAUCACAGCCUGGUUUGAAAGCAAAACAAAAUGAAGGAACUAGUGUCAAACAGUACAGCCAGUAUAUCUCAAGCCAGGAAAGCCGUGGAGCAAUUAAAAAUGGAAGCAUACAUGGAUAGGAUGAAGGUAUCCAAGGCUGCAGCAGAUUUAUUGGCAUAUUGUGAUGCUCAUAUUGCAGAAGAUCCCCUUAUUAUUCCAGUGCCUGCAUCUGAAAAUCCCUUUAGGGAGAAGAAACUCUUUUGUACUAUCCUUUGAGUCAGUUUUCAAUUAAAAAUGUCUUCUGCUAAAAUUUGGUAUCAGUGUUGCAUGCUCUUAGUUUUAGCAUUUUUUCUUCAGAUGUCAAUACUUAGCCUAUAGUUACAAUAUUUUUAGAAGGUAGUGCAUUUUCUGGUAAAAACUAAAAAUUUUUUAAAAUCCUAAAAAAUUCAAGGCAAUCCUUAUCUUUCAGACCAAUGUACAAGUUUAAUUUCAGUUCUUCAUAAAGAUUCUUUUGGUCUUAAUGAAAGUAUUGAGUACAAUAUCAAAUUGUAGAUCUCUUUGCCAGUCAUAGAUUUUUCUGAGACCUAAAUGAGUUAUACCGAUUCUGAAGCUAUUUUUAACAUUCUUAUUUUCUUUGGAAGGUGAAUUUAACUCAUUUGCCUUUACAAAUUUAUAUCUAAAAAGAGUAGUGUGACCUUUCCUCAAGUAGCACUAUGUAGGAAGAAAUACCAAUGAUUUAUGAUGUUUGGAAUGAUCAGUCUUAUACAGCAAGUGGUGUUUAAAAAUAUGUUUUGUGAAGACUGUAAUAAACUUGACUACAAAAACAAUCUUAGUAAAGCAACAUUGUAACUGCAAGCAAAAUGAAGAUGUAUAGUUACACACCAGGACUGCAUCAAUAAAACUGUAGAAAACUGUG